UUGCUGUGCUCUUUGUACUUCCUUGUGUUUGUGAGUAGAAAAUACGGCAUGUUGAUUAAGUAGGUAAACAUGGUGCUCUCAGGUGGUUCAAUAAUGUUAUAAUGUUUGUGUUAGUUUGUAUUUUAUUGGAGUAGUUUGCUUGUAACUUAUUUAUUGCGCAUUUCGUAACCAUAAUAUUGUUUGAUAAACAUGGGUUUCAGGAAUAAAAAUGAUGCACAUAAUGAAAGUUUUCUCUUUAAAUAUGUUUUGUCUUCUUCAGCUGCUACUGUUGCCGAAACAGCAACUUAUCCUUUGGAUAUAACAAAAACUAGAUUACAAAUUCAAGGAGAAGCUGCUUUGAACAAAUGCAGUGGAUCUAAUGCUCAUGUGUACAAUAAAGUCAAGGGCCGAGGAAUGUUACAUACUGCUAUAGGGAUUGUUCAAGAAGAGGGUUUGUUCAAAUUAUGGCAAGGUGUUACACCAGCCAUAUACAGACAUCUUGUGUAUAGUGGUUGCCGAAUGACAUUUUAUGAAGUAUUUCGAGAAAAGCUGUUAAAAACAAAACAAAAUGGUGGUCCGGUUUUAUGGAAAUCAGUUUUAUGUGGCAGUUUAUCUGGAGCACUUGGACAAUUUUUAGCAAGUCCUACUGACCUUGUAAAAGUUCAAAUGCAGAUGGAAGGAAGACGAAGACUAGAAGGGCACCCUCCAAGGGUGCAGAGCACUUGGCAUGCUUUUCGAAAAAUCAUUGCCGAAAGUGGUGUCAGAGGCCUCUGGAAAGGUUGGGUACCUAACGUCCAGAGGGCUGCUUUGGUCAACAUGGGAGAUCUGACUACUUAUGAAAAUAGUAAACAUUUUAUAUUGACUCAUUCUACUUUGAAAGAUAACUGGUUAACUCAUAUGUUGGCAAGUAGCUGCUCAGGAUUAAUAGCAGCCACCUUAGGGACACCAGCUGAUGUCGUAAAAACACGCAUAAUGAACCAACCUACAGACAGUAGUGGCAGGGGACUAUAUUACAAAUCCUCAAUUGACUGUUUGGUAAGAACUGUUCAAGAAGAAGGUUUUAUGGCUUUGUAUAAAGGCUUUAUUCCGAUAUGGACAAGAAUGGCACCCUGGUCCAUUACUUUCUGGGUAACAUAUGAAGAACUAAGGAGACUAACUGGAGUGUCAUCUUUUUGAUUUAGCAUUUUAUAUUGUGAUAAGAUUUAUAGACAGUUAUAUUUUUUGUAAUGUGUCUGUGUUUUUAAAUAAAAUGUUGUAUAGUUCAUAGUUUUA